CUCCCAUUGGUCUUAUUAUCUUAUUUUCAUCUUUUUUUUAGAGCAUAAAAUGGCCAUCGGAAUAGCUAUUAUCGGCAGCGGCAAUUUCGCAAGGGAAGAACAUCUACCCCUCCUCCACGCCUCCACCACCUUCAAUCUCAAAGCCCUCUACUCCCGAACUCACGCAUCAGCCGAAACCCUCCUCGCAGAGAAAAACAUACAAUCUUUAGAUAUCUAUUCCGAGGACUCGGGUCCAGGAAAGCAGUACGAAGAUUUACUGGCUCGGGAGGAUGUAGAUGCUGUUGUUAUUGCACUACCAAUCACCGCCCAGCCAACCUACAUCAAACAUGCCCUAUUGGCCGGAAAACACGUGUUAAGUGAGAAGCCUAUUGCCGGGGAUUUGAGCACCGCUCGGUCACUGCUUUCGUUUUAUCAGACGGAAGUGGUGGAGAAGGGUGAGAAGAAAGUGUUGUGGGGCGUGGCAGAGAAUUAUCGGUUCUUGGGCAAGUUCAGUCGUGUGGCGGAGGAAGUGAGGAAAUUGGGGACUGUGAGGGCGUUUAGGGUGUCGGUGAGGACGUUGAUUAAGGUGGGGUCGAAGUAUCAUCAAACCGAAUGGCGACGUACCCCUGCUUAUCGAGGAGGAUUUGUCCUUGAUGGAGGUAUUCAUGUUGUCGCUGGGUUGAGACUCAUCCUGGGGAAGGAGGAUGCUCUUGCGGCCGUGUCGGCCAUGUCGUGUCUGCAGCAGGAGCAUCUGGCGCCGGUGGAUACGGUGGAUGCGGUGGUCAAGACUAAGUCCGGGGCUACGGGGGUGGUGUCGUUGUCGUAUGGAGCGGCCGUGAAUGAGACGGUCUUUGAGUUUAGUUGCGAUGGGGGCGUGGUGAGUCUUAACCUGGACCGAGUGACUGCUAAUGGGGAGUCGUUUGAUGUGCCGUUUGAAGGUCGGGGUGUCAACUUUGAAUUGGCUGCGUUUGGGGAGUCGAUUCGGAAGGGUGAGUUGGAAGAAAGACUGCGGCCGGACGAGGCCAUGGCCGAUUUGGAGAUUAUGGAGGGGAUGUUUGUGAGUGAUGGAGGGUGUGUCCAGUUGGAAUUGCAGUGAUAGACGUUAGGCAAUAAAGAGGGUAGAAGUAUAUAGGGAUAAAGAGUCAGACGUGUGCUUCUUGCAGGUCUG